AUACCAUUAUUCGGAAUAAUGUCCUCGGACUCCGCCGAUCCUUUCUACUGGAUGAGGGUCAUCCUUGCAUCGAACAGAGGCACUUUAAUGGAGUUGGGUAUCUCCCCUAUUGUGACUUCGGGCCUCAUUAUGCAACUGCUGGCUGGAGCCAAAAUCAUUGAAGUGGGCGAUACGCCGAAAGACCGGGCCCUGUUCAACGGUGCUCAGAAGUUGUUCGGAAUGAUAAUUACUAUUGGGCAAGCUAUCGUAUAUGUCAUGACGGGGAUGUACGGGGAUCCUUCCGAGAUGGGGGCGGGAAUCUGUCUUCUGAUUAUAAUCCAGUUGUUUGUUGCUGGCUUGAUAGUCCUGCUGCUUGAUGAGCUUCUGCAAAAAGGCUAUGGUUUGGGGUCCGGCAUUUCCCUCUUCAUUGCCACCAACAUCUGUGAAACCAUUGUUUGGAAGGCUUUUAGCCCUACUACCAUUAACACUGGCAGAGGUACGGAAUUUGAAGGCGCCGUCAUUGCCUUGUUCCACCUCUUGGCCACGCGAACCGACAAAGUCCGGGCUCUGCGGGAAGCCUUUUACCGCCAGAACUUGCCCAACCUGAUGAACCUGAUCGCAACCGUGUUUGUGUUUGCUGUAGUCAUCUACUUUCAGGGAUUCCGAGUGGAUCUCCCAAUCAAGUCUGCACGCUACCGGGGGCAGUACAGCAGCUACCCCAUCAAGCUCUUUUAUACGUCCAACAUCCCCAUCAUCCUUCAGUCCGCCUUAGUGUCCAACCUCUAUGUCAUUUCCCAGAUGCUGUCCGUGCGGUUCAGCGGCAACUUUUUAGUCAAUUUGCUUGGGCAAUGGGCGGACGUUAGCGGGGGUGGCCCAGCGCGCUCCUAUCCGGUCGGGGGUCUCUGCUAUUACCUCUCCCCGCCGGAAUCCAUGGGGGCCAUCUUCGAGGAUCCGGUCCACGUGAUUGUGUACAUUAUAUUUAUGCUGGGCUCUUGUGCCUUUUUCUCGAAAACGUGGAUUGAAGUAUCCGGAUCGUCUGCAAAAGACGUCGCCAAGCAACUGAAAGAGCAGCAGAUGGUAAUGAGAGGCCACCGAGAUACAUCCAUGGUUCAUGAAUUAAACCGGUACAUCCCGACGGCAGCUGCCUUCGGAGGAUUGUGUAUCGGGGCUUUGUCGGUCCUGGCUGAUUUCCUUGGCGCCAUCGGCUCCGGCACCGGCAUUCUGCUUGCGGUCACCAUUAUUUACCAAUACUUCGAGAUCUUUGUCAAAGAACAGGCCGAGGUUGGAGGCGUGGGUGCUUUAUUUUUCUAAACAGGCCGGUACCGCCUGGCUUGUGAGAAAAAAGGGGAGACCUCCUCUGACGUCAUCUGAAUCCAAUAAUGCCAU